AUGUUCACCCUCAAAUCUCUGGCACGAAGAACCCCAAAGCCUGGCUUGGAUUCGAUUAUCCGAGCAACGGGGCGGCAAACUCGUGGUGUUCAUCUCGCCCCUCCGUUUCUGCUAGAUUCUUAUAUUCCGCGCUACCACCUCCUUUCCUCCGCCGAUGCAUCGAAAAAACGCUCACUUGCACACACCCAUCUAGCCAACUGCAACCUGUGCCCACGCUUGUGUGGUGUGAAUCGCUAUGAGAGGACAGGCCAUUGUCUGAUUGGUGCUGAGAAAGUCAAGGUCAAUGUGAUUGCGCCGCACUUUGGUGAAGAGCCAUGCGUACAGGGAAUUAACGGAAGCGGAUCCGUGUUCUUCUCCGGAUGUAAUCUGCGAUGUGUAUUUUGUCAAAACCACGACAUCGCGCAUCAGCGGAAUGGCUUCGAUUUGACCCCUGAGGAGCUUGCGGAGUGGUAUAUGAAGCUGCAGGAUGUUGGUAACGUUCAUAAUAUCAAUCUUAUCACACCGGAACACGUUGUUCCCCAGGUUGCCCUAUCUAUUCUCCAUGCACGGGACUUGGGCCUGAAACUACCCAUAAUCUACAAUACUUCCGCAUUCGAUUCCCGCGAAUCCCUCGAACUCCUAGAUGGUCUGGUCGAUAUAUACUUACCAGACUUCAAAGUUUGGAAAAGCAGCUCCUCGAAAAGAUUAUUAAAGGCAGAUAACUACACUGAGACAGCGAUGGAAAGUAUAAAGGCUAUGUAUGCCCAGGUUGGCGAUCUAUGCUUCACAGCUGACGGUAUCGCAAAGAGUGGCGUACUGGUUAGACAUCUCGUUAUGCCUGGGAUGGAAGAGGAGGGAAAGGAAAUUAUGCGCUGGUUAGCACAGAACGUUUCAAAAGAUAUUUAUGUGCAUAUUAUGGAGCAGUAUCACCCAGACGCGCACGUUGGGAAACCGCGACGUGCCACUGGAAAUAGAAACAAUGAGAAGCAACAGAUCCGAUAUGCCGAUAUAAAUCGGCAUGUCGAGAUGCAGGAAGUUGGAGCCGUUCAAAGUGCGGCGAGGGCAGCAGGGCUGUGGAGGCUCUGUGAGCCUGCUGAGCAUGGUGGUUUUCACCUCUAG